AUGCGGCGCUUUACACCAUGGCUCAUUCUUCUACGUGUGGCGUGCUUGCUUCCCGGCACCUAUGCAGACACCAUAGCCGCUGACAAUGUAACCGCGGAUCUAUCCAGCCUGCAGACGUGGUGGCACGAAAAUGGCGAGAUCAAUUAUGAGACUCCAGUUCAAGAGGGCAAUGUCCGGCAAUCGCAUGUCUAUUCUGCGUGGGUAAAAUCAACUGUAGAUACCUCAAACACUUACUACAACACGUUCGUGUACGAGACCAUCCCUCGAAAUGGCCAAGGCAAUAUCAUCAUCCCUGGUGAUCCUACCUCCACCACUACCGCCGACGAUGCUGUUACGAUAGAAGCCGAUAUUUGGAUUACAAUGGCCUGGACGCAAUUUCUGUAUUCAUCGGACACAUGGGUCAAAGUCACCCGUCGCGGAGAUAACCCAUCAGUGGCAAGCAACGUAGUGAUUCGUCCAACAAACCUCGACUUGACGGUCACGGAUGACGGGGCUGGCAAUGUAUACAUACUUGUACCGUAUAGUGCCCAAGGACUCAGAUUCUCGGUCGAGUUCAAGGACAAUCUGUACGACUACCAUGACAGCUGUGCGACGACGACUUGUGACUUUGUCCAGAACUGGCACUCGGAUGGACCGAAUUAUGUUUCGUCGUUCACCGAUAAAAACCCCAUCAUGGGGACUGAGCCGCAUGAUGCUCUUCUCAUCUUUGCUAGCCCGUUCCCAUCUGAUGAUCUGGUGCCAGAUCAAACAGCAGCGACAACCUAUAUCGUACACCCUGGAGACGUCCCAGAUCUUAGUUCCAUCAGCAAUGAAGUAGUGUAUUUCAUGCCUGGAGUGCACUACAUGCCAGCAACCACUCACGCGACACUGUCAAGUUCUGUCAAUUGGGUCUAUUUGUCUCCCGGCGCCUAUGUCAAAGGCGCGAUGCAAUUCACCACAGAAGCGACCUUGAUAAAAGCAACAGGCCACGGCGUGCUGUCUGGCGAGAGAUAUGUCUACCAGGCCAAUACGGCUGAGAACUACACCAACACAAAGAGCAACAGUGAUUCCCUACGUAUGUGGACCGGAGACAGUACCGACAACGUACAGCAAACCUUCUUGCUCGCCGGACCAACAACAAAUGCCCCCCCGUUCAACUCCAUUGAUUUCAAGGGAGACUUGACCACCAUCUCCAUUCGCCAGUUUGACUACAAGCAAGUUGGUGCCUACUUUGGCCAGACAGACGGGACGACAUUGUACAAGGGCUCCACUGUUCGCGAUACUUUCUACCACUCCGGAGACGAUACGAUCAAAACCUAUGGAUCAAACGUAUUGGUUGAGAAUGUCGUUGUCUGGAAGGGCAAGACUGCCCCCAUCAUUCAGUAUGGUUGGGCAUCCCGAAACAUACACAACAUUACUGUCAAUGGUGUAAACGUCAUCCACAUGAGAUACAGCAGCAAUGGCUCGCACCCCAGUAUUAUUGGAGCUAACCAAGUCUAUGACAUCUCCGAGUCUCUGUCGAAUAAUGCAGAUCUGUCAAAGAUAAUGUCAAAUGUCUAUUUUGGCAAUAUCAGAGCAGAAGGUAUAGGAGGCAACUUGAUGCGGAUCUGCCCAUUAUCGAAUUACAAGAACUUUACUCUGGAGAACAUCAGUCUCGAAGCUUUUAGUGUAAAGACAAACGGUAUCUAUAAGAGUGAAUUGCCACUCUUUACGGAUUCCACAGGGACCGUGGCAGCAUUGGAGGGGUUUGUCAUUAAGAAUUUCUCAAUCAACGGCACCCGCAUCACGCAGGCUGCUGGUAAUUACGGCCCCAGCAGUCUUGGAGCCCUCCACAUUGCCUCUACAUAUCUCACGAAUGGCAAUGUGACAAUUAUUUGA